CCUCUGGCUGCGUGUCGCUGCAGGUACUCUCAGGCCGACCAAUGGGAGGCCCUGCUGGGUCUGCACGUGCAGGGUCAGACCAGCGAGUGGACGGUGAGGAGGAACGUGCGGCGGAUCGUCGCUCACAGGGACUACAACGCCUUCACCUACGACAACGACAUCGCUCUGAUGGAGCUCGACGCCAACGUCACGCUCAACCAGAACAUUUGGCCCAUCUGUCUGCCCGCCGCCACCCACCACUUCCCCCCGGGCCAGGAGGCGUGGAUCACGGGCUGGGGCGCCACCAGAGAGGGAGGUGAGUUCACAGCGAGACGGAGACCUGAGGGCUCGUUCACAGGAGGCGAGACGCCUCGUGUUUGUUAACGCUUUAAAACCUGCACACAUUGACUUGAU